AUGGAGGAUGGGGAGAGUUGCACUGAGGAAGGAGAGGAUGCAGAAAAGGAGAGCCCCCUGGCCAGUGUUGUUGAGCAGGACAAGGAAAUGGAGGAUGUCUCUAACCCCACACCCCCUGUUGAACUAACACCCAAGUUCUCCAAAUCAGUGCCCACCCCUGUGCCAAUACCUGGGAGCAGAACCCUAAGUGUAAUGAAACCCCUGAGGAUUGGGAAAUCCUGGGGAACCCAAGACUCCAUCCAUGCGAUGGAAACCCCAACAUGGAUGCCCUCCACAUCAACCUCACAACCCCCACCAAAAGCCAAGACAGGAUCACACCUGCCAGUCAAGGGCCUUGGGAUAACUGGACUCAUGAACCUGGAAGGACACCUGGCCACCUUCAAAAAGAAAAAAGAGGAGAUAGCAAAAGCAAAACCCUGGGUAUUCAAACCCAAGGUGGGAAAAACGUGGCUGGCAGGCAACCUCUAUGACCAUGCUGGCCCAUACCAGCAUGUGAAACAGCAGGAAGCCCUGGAAGAGCACCUCAGCAAGCCAGAAGUGAUCUGGGCAGUGGGCUUUGGCAUCCAGAUCCAGCUGAUUAAAACCAAGCUAGUGAAGGAAGCAGCAGAAGCCUUCCUAACAGAGAAACACCCUGGGCUGUCGGACUUGACAGUUCUACAACUGACAACUGUAGGCUGUUGGAGCCUACUCCAGAUGCUGUCAUGGGAGAUGGCAGUCACUUUGGCAGCACAGCAGGUGAUUCUGCACAAGCUGUACCAAACUGGCCUAUUCUUCUAUCCCAACCUGGGCUACCCACAGCCCAUCCAAAACAUCAUCACAAACCUUGUGUGCCCAGAACUUGCCCUGCUAAGGUCCCUCUUCAAAGAAGACCAUCCCAAGGCCCUGCUCUCGGUCUGCACAGCUGUAAGUCAGUUCUUUGGACUUGAAGUAAACAGGGACAAGGAAACUCCCCUCUUCACUUCAAAGGAAAAAGACAAGAUAGGCCUUAAAGUCUAUCUUGCUGACCCAGCACAGUAUGAGAACCUUGGGAAUAUCACAGACGACGACAUGAACACCAUCGUGGAAUGGGGGGAAGCAUGGGGAACCUCAAAAUCCAUCAUGCAUGUUAGUGGAAGGUACACAUCCACCAACCGAGAUGACCCCCUCAUCCUCAUGAACAUGAUGCACCCCUGUGGGUACUGUCAUAUGAGCGAUCACGACAUGUACAACUGCCCCUGGCCAAACAGGAAAUGGUUGGAGGCUGGCCGGGAGCUCCUCAUUACCUUGAAGGGCAAAGAGCAUGGGGUGUAG